AAAUCUGGUUUAGAGGAGGCGGUGAUUAAUUACCUUUUUUGUUGCUAUAUAAACGAAACGACAUUCCAUUUUGCAUUCGAUAAAAAGCAGUCAAACGUCAAACAACUAAAUUUAUUUUUCUUGAAAUUUAUUCACAAUGGUUUCCCAAGAUUUUGUUGACGGAGAAAUCCGAAAAAAAAUUGUCGUCGUUGGAGAUGGCGGUUGUGGAAAGACGUGCUUAUUGAUGUCUUUUAUCUAUCAAGAGCUACCAAAGUCGUACAUUCCGACAGUAUUUGAGACGUACGUGACGGACUUGAAAGUCGACGGCAUAUCUUUUGAGCUUGCGUUGUACGACACCGCUGGUCAAGACGCCUAUGAUCGUUUACGUCCACUAUCAUAUCCCGACACUGACGUGUUAUUAGUUUGUUUUUCAGCCGACUCACCAGACAGUCUCUUUAAUGCUUACGACAAAUGGAUACCGGAGGUACGACAUUUUUGUCCGAGCAUUCCUGUUGUUUUAGUAUGCAAUAAAGUGGACUUGAGAAAUGAUUUGGAGACAAUAACAAAAUUAGAUCGUUUAAAACAAAAGCCAGUAACAUCAGAUGAAGGAAAGCAAAUGGCAGAACUCGUCAAAGCGGCUGCUUACGUCGAAUGCUCAGCGUUAAAUAACGUGAACGUCGAUGCAGUAUUUGAAGCCGCAACUAGAUCUACCAUUAUACGAAAAAAAGAAAACAAAAAACUAAAGAAAAUGCGACAGCUUCGAUGUAAUUUCUUGUAAUCACAAAAAGUUUUCCAAAGAGGAUGGAAGGAAUCAUCAAGACACCGCGGAGCUAAGACAACAUACCAUUAGAAGGAAAUCGAGCCAACAUGCGCUUGCUGGUUGAUCUGAAAUAAUUUCCGGAGUAUCGGAAAGCAUCAGUACUUCUAAUGGAACAAUAAGAGUCCUUUAAAAGAACGAGCCAGCACGUUGUCUCCUGGUUGAUUUUAAAAGGACGUCCUGUCAUAACAGGAAAUUUACAAGGAAAUACUAAGUAGCUUCUUUUUGGAAAAUGACAUGAACUAAUCAAGUUGAUACGAAGAAAUACAAAAUCAAUCGAAUGGCAAUAAAAAAGCAAAUAAUAAAAGAAGAAUGAAAUAAAAUAACAUUGAGUGUCAAUUGGAAAACAAAGACAUUGGAUGACAUUUGGAAAACAAAGACAUUGGGUGACAAUUGGAAAACAGAGACAAUGGGUGACAAUUGGAAAAGCUUCUGUGCAGAUAAAAAGCACAACAUUCAAAGGAAGUAAUAACUUCUAUAUGGGGCGUCCACAAAUGUGCUUGCCCUCAAUGAGUUCCUGUCAUAAGAUUAGAUACAUCCUCUAUAUGAUGUAUUUCCUCCAACAGAUUACAGGAAAAACUUUUCCACCUAAUUGCUCUACCUGUGUCGUAUACUUCACCUAACGUUUUAUAUUGUCUUUCUGUUUAUGAUGAUGAUGAUUUAAAAAAAGGUGUUAGAGAAAACGAGAGAAAUUAAUUUGUAAUUAUUAACGACGUUUUAUGCAUUAGUGGUCUAGCUGACGUCAAUAUGUCUUUGUUUAAGCAUCCCGUAUUUGCAAUACAUUUGAAAUUAUUUGCUCGUUAAACAAUUUCUUAACGAGUUUAUUAAUGGAAUAUUUAAAACAGAUCAUUAGAUUAAUGACAUUUUUAAGUACUCGUAUAUCAAGAACAAAAAGAAACCAAUUUUAUAAGCUUUUCAACAGUCUCUGGGCUACUAAAGGAAGAAGAACUUUUUUUUUGAGGGUUCAAC